GUAACAGCGAGAACCGUGGCCCUCUUGAAUCCGCGGUGGCGCGGUCUGCUCUCUUAGGGUUUAAUUUUUCUGAUUGCCUAAAGUCAAAAUUGAAAACCAGUAAACUAAAGCAAAAUCUCACUCUCUCGUCCGGCAUCUCUCUCACUCUAUCUCUCCCUCAUCUGAAUCGCAGAGACACAGAGUUUCGUUGGCAUGUGAACUUCAGACGAUGAGCUAGAAUUUGGGGGCAAGAUCAAAACUUCAUUUUCAGACUUCAAGCUUCAAGCCAUUGCAGGAACCUUCUUGUGCCAAAUCCCAAUAAUUCUCCUACAAAAUCUUUUCACGAUUCUGUUGAACUAGUGAGGUUUGCGGAAUCUUCUUCGGCUUCUCUCUUUGAAUUAUCUGCCAAAGCGUGAACUGUGACAACAAAUUUCUGUUCUCCAUGCCACUUCGAAAACCCCCCAUGCCUCGUAUGCUCCUAGAUGAUGUCUCUUGCAUGAGAAAUGCCCAACAGAUCUUGCGACAUGUGAAUGUGUCCAUCCAUGAUGGUGGGGCCCUUGUGCUGACAGGCAGUAAUGGUUCAGGAAAGACUACAUUCCUGCGCAUGUUAGCUGGAUUCUCUCGACCUUCUGCCGGUCAGGUCCUUUGGAAAGGUCAUGACAUAACAGAUCCAGGAGUGUUCCACCAAUACAAGCUUGAGCUCAACUGGCUCUCCCUAAAAGAUGCCGUCAAAGAGAAGUUUACAGUCCUCGAUAAUGUCCAGUGGUUUGAACUUCUUGAAGGCAAGGAAGGGAAGUCUUUGCCAGCUCUAGAGCUGAUGGGGCUUGGAAGAUUAGCAAAAGAAAAGGCAAGAAUGCUAUCAAUGGGUCAACGGAAGAGGGUGCAGCUGGCUAGGUUACUGGCGCUUGACAGGCCAAUUUGGUUGCUUGACGAGCCAUCUGUUGCAUUAGAUGAUGAAGGUGUAAAGUUGCUUGAAUAUAUUAUUGCAGAGCACCGAAAAAAGGGUGGGAUUGUUAUUGUGGCAACACAUUUGCCAAUUGAGAUUGAGGAUGCAAUGCAUCUUAGAUUACCUCCAAGGUUCCCUAGAAGGAUGACCUUCGUGGAUAUGCUCGACCGUUCGGAUAUUCAAUAAACCUGGCAGGAAACUAAAUUUACAGAGGACCCUUAUUAGUUACUGCAAAAGCUUAAGGACUAUAGUUUGUACACUCUCAGUUAUCUUUGCUUUGUUCGUAGGGAAUUCUGCAUAACUGAUUGCCCGAGCCAGGUUGAGGUCAGGUGGUUUUCAGGAUUGGAGUUGGGAUGAAGAAUUUAAAUCCACUGCCAUUUUUUAGUUAAAUAAGACCAUUGUGAUUUCUUGGAACAUUUUAAUUUUCGAUUUGAUUGUCACUUCAGUGAAUAAGAAAUUGUUUUUCAUCCUGUA